UACAUCCUUACAGUUUCGCUGUCAAGGCACAGCCAGCGAGCGUCAAAGUAAUAAUGGAGCUCUAGCUCUUUCUAAAAACCCUCCGUCUUUCACUCUAAAAUAAAAUGAGUUCACAGUAAAUCUUUACAGUUCGAAGGAAAGAAAGUCGUGUUCAUAAAGCUUUUUGGUUCUAGGAAAGAUGAAGGUCCCAGGCGGUCUGAAUGCACAGCGCUUGAUUGCUGUUCUUGAAGACGGAUUACUGAGAGAAGAAAAAUAUCAACCAAAUCUAAAGUGCUUGGCUGGAAGAAAGGAUUAUGAUGAAAUCAGUUUCUUUCACCGCAACAAGAUGGCCUCUCUUCUUCUACACCUGAACAGGCAUUGUAGCUUCCAUCCAGAAACAUUUGCACUGGCUGUGAAUCUCCUAGAUCGAUUCCUAACCGUUGUAAAGGCAAAUCCAAAGUACCUUCCUUGCAUUACCAUCAGCUGUUUAUUUUUAGCUGCAAAGAUUGUGGAAGAAGAUGAGGCCAUACCAACAGCCGGUGACUUAAUAACAGUUAGUGGUUUAAAGUGCACACCUUCUGACCUUCUGCGUAUGGAAAGAAUCAUACUUAACAAAUUGGGUUGGAAUCUUAAUGCCAUCACACCACUUUAUUUUCUUCAAGUGUUUCAUGCACUGUGCGUUUCAAAGGGAUACCUGAAUCACUGCAAUGUCUUGCAACAUCUCCAACAUAUCACACUAAAACUUGAGGAACUGUUAUGUAAUCACUAUUUCACAUUUCUUAAGCCUUCUACCCUUGCACUUGCAUUACUGAGCAAUGAAAUAAGUUUUAUAACUGACAAUUGGGCAGAUGCUACCAUCAUGUUGCAAGAAAUGGCAAAGACAUCUGAAUCAGAGCUGAAUGAUGCAAGAAUCAGCAUUAUGGAUAUUGGUGAUUCUGUUGUUUCAAUUGACCAGUGUUUCCAGAUGUUCUUGGUAUCACCUGAAGACUCACAAGAUCUCUCCAUCUCUCAGAACUCACAUAAGAUGAUUCAAGAAGGAAAGAAAACGAAUAAAGCAAAUGUAAUAAAAGUAUCAAUCAAGACUGUCUAGCUAUUCUGCCCACUCUAACCUGUGUUCAUAGUUAGCUGUACUAUCAUUAUUACCAUAGACUUCACUAAAACUAUACAACAUACAUAUAUGAAUUAUAUGAAAUUUUGUAUUGCAAUAGUAGUUUAGAUAGGUUUUUAGAUCUUAGUGCAAUUUUAAAAGAUCACUUAUUAGGGGAAAAAUGAAAGUUUGAACAGUUUUUACAAUUGGGGAUUUUACAUUUAUUAGUGGUUUUUUUUACCAGAAAAACUGAGCUCAUCUCAAUCAAAAGAGUAAUCCUUUUAUAUCAUUUUGUAAGAUUUGUACAAGUUGCAAUAUCUUAGAUUAUUUCAAGAUGCUAGYGUUUUAAAUAGAAGAUAUCAAUGGAAGAACAGCUUAAGAUCUUAUUGAGAUAAAGUGUGAAUAUAAUAAUGAAAGUAUAAGGUAAGGUUUUAGGGACUUGUUGUGAAUACAUGUAAAUUUGCAAUUGUUUUAUAUUAAUACUUAUUAGUUAAUGUACAUUAUAUCAAGAUAAAACCCAUGUACAGCUAUUUAUAAAAGAAAAUUGUAAAAAAAAUUAUAUAAUAAACACAUUUCAUGCAAAAUA